CAAUGUUUCGAACAUCGAAAUGACGAACAAGGGUGUAACAAGCAGUGGAUUAACAGACACACCUUGCUUGUCUACAAUAGGUGUGGAAACUUGUUCUGGUUCAAGUCAGGUCGAAAAUGUACCGAAAGAGAACGAAGAGCUCAGGCGAUUGACAGAAUUAAAUGAACAACUUGCAAAAGAAAUGUUGGAGCUUCAGGCAGAAAAUAAGAAAAUAAAAGAAGAAAGAGAGAUUCGAGAAAAAAUGGAAAUUGAAAUGCACGUAAACCUGCUUAUGGAAAUUCGCGAAAAAGACGAACAAUUGACAGGAAUGAAGAAAAACGAAGAAAAUCUUUUGAACCAAAUUUUGGGCCUGGAAAGAGAAAAAAAAAGAGCUGAAAAACGAUGCCUGGAUAUGAAAAGGGAUGCUGAAAAUCAUGAAAAGAAUACCGUGAAAAGAAUUCUUGGCAAGGUGUUUACCCCGGGCCAAAUAAAAGUCCUGCUGUCGGAGAACCGAGCGCGGAUUAGGUGGUCUGCAGAAGACAUUUCAUCGGCAUUAGCUUUACGAGCCAAAAGUGGACUAGCAUAUAAAUAUCUACGUGAGGUUAUUCAUAUUCCUCUCCCAUGCGAGACAGUAUUAAGAGAUUGGACCGCGAAUUUUAAAGUUCCUCCCGGUAUUCUACACAGUGUUCUUGGAAUAAUGAAGA